CGGAGAAGGCUUUCUCCAGCCCCCAAAGUUUUGAUGAUGACCAUGACUACGAUGGCUGACGGUUUGGAAGGCCAGGACUCGUCCAAAUCCGCCUUCAUGGAGUUCGGGCAGCAGCAGCAGCAGCAACAGCAACAGCAGCAGCAGCCGCCGCCGCCGCCGCCGCCGCCGCCGCCGCCGCCGCCGCCGCCGCCGCCACAGCCGCACUCGCAGCAGAGCUCCCCGGCCAUGGCAGGCGCGCACUACCCUCUGCACUGCCUGCACUCGGCGGCGGCGGCGGCGGCGGCGGCCGGCUCGCACCACCACCACCACCAGCACCACCACCACGGCUCGCCCUACGCGUCGGGCGGCGGCAACUCCUACAACCACCGCUCGCUCGCCGCCUACCCCUACAUGAGCCACUCGCAGCACAGCCCUUACCUCCAGUCCUACCACAACAGCAGCGCGGCCGCCCAGACGCGAGGGGACGACACAGAUCAACAAAAAACCACAGUGAUUGAAAACGGGGAAAUCAGGUUCAAUGGAAAAGGGAAAAAGAUUCGGAAGCCUCGGACCAUUUAUUCCAGCCUGCAGCUCCAGGCUUUAAACCAUCGCUUCCAGCAGACUCAGUACCUGGCCCUUCCCGAGAGAGCUGAACUGGCAGCUUCGUUAGGACUGACACAAACACAGGUGAAGAUAUGGUUUCAAAACAAACGCUCUAAGUUUAAGAAACUGCUGAAGCAGGGCAGUAACCCGCAUGAGAGCGACCCCCUCCCGGGCUCGGCGGCCCUGUCGCCGCGCUCGCCCGCGCUGCCUCCUGUGUGGGACGUUUCCGCCUCAGCCAAGGGCGUUAGUAUGCCGCCCAACAGCUACAUGCCCGGCUAUUCGCACUGGUAUUCUUCUCCACACCAGGACACGAUGCAGAGACCACAGAUGAUGUGAGUUGUCCGAGGGAAGUUGCUACUAUAGGGAAACUUCCGGACAAGGCAAGGAGGAUACUGGACCUGCUUGCAUCUGCCAAACCGAGCCAAAGGAGCAGGCUCGGGAGAACUCGUAGGCGUGGCGAGGCA